UAACAACAAACAGCUGGCAAGGAAACAAGGGGGUUCUAAGGAAGGGACAGUCGAUCGACCAGGAGGGUCGAGGACGAAGGAGGAAAAGCCCAAGCCGGAGAGGGGGAGAGAGAAUGCAGAAAUGCAGCCGGGGGGCGAAGUCGAGGAAAUACAGAUGGUCGAGGGAUGCGAAGAGAGAAAGUUCCGGAUCGGGAAGGAGUUGGAGGAGCCGGUAAGAUCGAGGCUCAUUAAGGUAAUAAGAGAUUUUGCAGAUGUGUUUGCAUACUCGUCAGAGGAGUUGACGGGCAUUAAGGCCGAAAUCAUCGAACACCGCCUGAACAUCGACCUUACUGUAAGGCCGGUGAAGCAAAAGAGGAGGCACCACGGAGCAGAGAUGGAUGGAGUAAUCGAAGCGGAGAUAGAAAAGCUCUUGAUGGCAGGUCACAUAAAGGAGAUCCAGUUUCCAGAGUGGCUAUCAAAUACGGUUAUGGUCUCAAAAUCAGAGGGGAAAUGGCGGAUGUGCAUAGAUUUUCGAGAUUUGAACAAGGCAUGCCCGAAGGAUUUGUAUCCGCUUCCCAGGAUCGACCAGCUGGUCGACUCCACAGCCGGGUGUGAGCUACUCAGUUUAAUGGACGCGUCCCAGGGUUAUCAUCAAAUCCCGCUGGCUCGAGAAGAUUGGAAAAGGGUCAGCUUUGUAACAAGCCGGGGGACGUACUGCUAUGUGGUGAUGCCAUUUGGUCUAAAGAAUGCGGGGGCAACAUACCAGAGGUUGGUGGAUAAAAUUUUUAAGGACCAGCUGGGAAGGAACAUGGAGGUAUAUGUAGAUGACAUGCUGGUAAAGAGCAAAGAGGAGAUCGAUCAUGUGAACGACUUGAAAGAGACAUUCAUGACCCUCCGAAGGUAUGGGAUGAAGCUAAAUCCUGCUAAAUGCUCAUUCGGGGUCAAAUCGGGGAAGUUUUUGGGCUAUAUGGUCACAAAGAGAGGGAUCGAGGUCAACCCGGAGAAGGUGAGAGCGGUGGUCGAGAUGCAGCCCCCCACGAAGGUAAAGGAGGUUCAGAUCUUAACUGGUCGAAUAGCAGGCCUGAGUCGCUUUAUUUCCAAGGUAGCUGAGAAGAGCGGGCCCUUAUUUAAGACACUUAGGAAAAGCUCGAGAUUCCAGUGGACGGAAGAAGCCCAGAAGGCAUUCGAGGAGUUGAAGAGGGUGUUGGUCGACUUACCGCUAUUGGCAAAACCGGCACAAGGGGAGGACUUGAUAUUAUAUGUAUCCAUUGGUGAAACAGCGGUGAGCUCUGUGUUGUUGCGGGAGGAAGGGACAGCCCAAUUUCCGAUCUAUUAUGUGAGUAAGGUGAUGCAAGGGGCGGAAAGGAGGUACUCAGAGAUUGAAAAAGGGGCCUUGGCGGUGGUGGUCACUGUAAGAAAGCUGAGACCAUAUUUCCUGGGACAUAGGGUAAAG